AUGGAGUUUCUUCUCCAUGAAGGCCCUAUGGGCUACGCGCUCUUCAAGGUCGUGCUUCAGCCAGAUACUGUUGGGAACCGGCUCCAAGAAGUGCAAAAUGGUGUUCAAGAUCUUGCACGAUUCGGCAAGAUGGUGGAUCUCGUCAGUUUUCUACCAUUCGAGAAUGGAAAACAAGCUCUUGAAGAGCUUCACGAUAUCUCUGAGGGAAUUGCUUCAGACUACCUCAAAUCUUUCCUCGAGCUGAACCUGCCGAAACCGGGCAAGAAGAACAAGGUGACCUUGGGGGUCUCGGACAAGAUUCUGGCUGGCAGCAUAAAGGGCGCUUUCCCGAAUAUCGAGUGCGAAACUGGGGAUACGAGUGAAGUGGUUCGGGACUUACUGCGAGGCAUCCGCCAACAUUCGGAGAAAUUACUCAAGCAGCUCCGCGAAGGAGAUACCGGCACGGCCCAGCUCGGACUUGGUCAUGCGUACUCGAGAGCCAAGGUCAAGUUCUCCGUUCAGAAGAAUGACAACCACAUCAUCCAAGCCAUCGCAAUCCUGGACCAGCUGGACAAGGCGAUCAACACUUUCUCUAUGCGUGUUCGCGAAUGGUACUCGUGGCACUUCCCGGAGCUGGUCAAGAUCGUCUCGGACAAUCACAAGUACGCGCAAGCCGCGCUGUUCGUGAAGGACAAGAAGUCUCUGUCCGAAGACAGUCUUCAUGAUCUUGCGGCCGUGGUGGACGAUGACGAGGAUGUCGCUAAGAGCAUUAUCGAGGCCGCGAAGACCAGUAUGGGUCAGGAAAUUUCGGAUUCGGACAUGGACAACGUCACAUUGUUUGCCCAACGAGUGGUCAGCCUCGCCAAUUACCGAAAGACCCUCCACACUUACCUGGUGUCUAAGAUGAGCGUGGUCGCACCCAAUCUGGCAACCCUCAUUGGCGAAAUUGUGGGCGCACGUCUGAUCUCCCAUGCCGGCAGUCUGACCAACCUGUCGAAAUACCCGGCUUCCACUGUUCAAAUUCUGGGGGCAGAGAAGGCGCUUUUCAGAGCUUUGAAGACCAAAGGCAACACCCCUAAGUAUGGUCUCCUAUACCACUCCUCGUUCAUUGGACGAGCAGGCCAGAAAAAUAAAGGUCGGAUAUCACGAUUUCUCGCGAACAAAUGCUCUAUUGCGUCCAGAAUCGACAAUUUCUCCGAGACCCCAUCGACGGCUUUCGGCCAGGCACUGAAGAAGCAGGUCGAAGAGCGGCUAGAGUUCUAUGCGUCGGGAACACAGCCCACGAAAAAUGAAGUUGCAAUGAAAGAGGCAAUGGACCAGGUCCUUGAGCACAUAGAUAUCGACGAGCCCUCCAAGGCAGAUAUUGACGAGGAGAUGUUCGACGUAGAGCCAGCAUCUGCGCGGAAACAGGAGAAACGUGAAAAGGACAAGAAGGAGAAGUCAAAGGACAAGAAGGAGAAAAAGGAGAAGCGCAAAUCUGAAGGUGGGGAUGACGCGGUAGAGAAGAAGAAGAAGCGGAAAUCAAUCGAAGGAGAUGGCGAGGUCGAGGGGAAGAAGAAGAAGAAGUCCAAGGCAUGA